AUGUCGAACUUCGAGCAACUGUUACGCGAGCUUAGAUGCGACAUCAGAAAAGAUUCGGAGGAGUCACUCAGAAUAGUGGAAGAGCGAAUCACAAAAAGUAUUAACGAAAAUAUAGAUACAAAAUUCGAAGACAUUCAAGCGCAGAUUGAAAUAAUAAAGAAGAACAAUAACGAGCAAAAUGAGAGGAUUCUUGCAAUAGAAAAACAGAUGAAAUGCAGGAAUAUAAUAUUUUUUGGAGUUGAAGAAGGGGAAAAAUCUUAUAAAGAAUUAGAAAACAAAAUAAUAAAUAUAGAAGACUAUCCAAAACAAAUAUUGGAAAAAAGAAAACAGCUUCAAGACCAAUUGCAACAAGCACGAAAUGAAGGAAAGUUCGCAUAUCUACGCCAGGAUAGGCUAAUAAUACAUGAACCAAAUAAAACUCGAAAGAAUGCUGAAAGUACAAAUAGUCAAAGUUCUAGGAAGAGAGAAUUGGAGUCUACCCCUCCGAGUCAAAUGAGCAAUCCUUAUGCUCAAGUAAAUCAACCUUCAUCAAAUUAUCACAUGGCAAAGAAAAAUAAACAUAAGAGGAAUACCCAGAAUAAGGGGCAAAGCUCCAUGAAUAGUUUUCUACAAAAACCACCAGCACCAAAAAUAUUUACUGCAGUCACACUCGAUGAGGAAUGCGAUGAAUAG